ACAAUAUCAGACUCCGCAAUCAUAUGACUUAUGUAAUAGAAAUAAAAUGCCUGUUAUGUUUUCGCAAGCAGCAAAUGUUGCUGCAUUUCGUUCCUCAUUAUUUAGCGCGUCUUUUAGACAUUGAGUUCGUGAUGUUAAGCUGGCAACAAAGAAGCGGAAGGGUGAAACGAGUUUGUUUUUUGAGCGAGGCUAUUUCGAAGUAAAAAGUCCUGAUGAAGUAUCUUUUUCAUGUCUAGCUGUCAGUUUUGAACGUGACAGCGCAGUGUUUCCGAGAGUAACCAAAAUUGACCUUUAACCCUUCUGUACAACAUUAUGAAAUGAGUGCCGGUAGUUGUAAUAUGCGACUGAUGUAGGUCGACAGCAUUAGCUGCGAUGUUCUGAUUAAUUAUUGAAUUUCGAAGGAAUGUAGGUCUAUUAAAUAAGUGAAAUUGUCAUUUCAUAUCCAUAGAUACAUAAACAAAAUCCCGACACCAAACUAAGGGACACAUGAGUAUUUUAAGGUAUGCCACUUGGAACAGAUGUAAAUUAGGACCAACAUUGAAAGAAAUGGGUAGGAGUACACGCAUUUUCGCAUCUUCUCCCGCACAAAGAAGAAUUGGAGUGUUAUGUCGAAUCCUAAGCCCGCCUCAUCCAAACAAUGUUAGCGCUAGCAACCUUCGUAGAAAUUCAUCAAGUGAUGUGGCUCAUAUCAAAAUAGGCAAUGUCUCCAAGCCAUUGAGGCCAGCAAAAUUAAAGCAGUAUGUUCCAGUUAAAUACUUAGAGGAAAAUGUUCCACAGGACAUGCUUGCACACCUCCGGUGGAUGCUGCAGAAGGAUCUUUUGGGCCAAGAUAUAUUUUUGAUUGGUCGUCCAGGUCCUCUCCGUAGACAGCUUGCGAUGCGUUACCUUGAAAUGACAUCUCGUGAAUUGGAAUAUGUUGCUCUCUCUCGGGACACAACAGAGGCUGAUCUGAAGCAACGCAGAGAAAUCAGAAGUGGCACUGCCCACUAUUUUGAUCAGAGUGCAGUAAGAGCAGCCAUUAAAGGACGAAUACUUGUCUUGGAGGGCAUUGAAAAAGCUGAGCGGAAUGUUCUGCCUGUGCUGAACAAUUUGCUGGAGAACAGGGAAAUGCAUCUUGAAGAUGGACGAUUCUUAAUACCAGCAGAUCGUUAUGAUAAGCUUCUUAAGGAACACAGUCAGGAAGAGCUCGACCGUUGGCAGUUGGUGCGAGUGAGUGAAGACUUUCGUGUUGUAGCACUGGGUCUUCCUGUACCACGUUAUGUUGGAAAUCCUCUAGAUCCACCUUUAAGAUCACGUUUUCAGGCUAGAGAUAUAGGAAACCGCAGCUUCAAGGAGCAGCUGGAACACCUGAGAUCACUGACAUCUAAUGUAGAUCCAGCACAGAUAUCUCAGCUUCUCUCCUGUUGUCAUGCACUGCUCUCACAGGAAUCUGCAUCGCUUGGUCUGCCAGAUUUCCCUGCAGACAACCUACCUGUUGCUGUGCGUCUCUUGGAUACUUUUCCAACUAUGACAGCAUCUGAGGUGUUGUACCGCCUGUAUCCAUACAAGAGUUUCCUUCCUGCAGAGGGAGUUUCUGCUGUGGAAGAUGUGCUCCAGACAUUCCAGAUGUUGCAGCAAAAGACUGUUCCUUUAACUGUUGAAACUGUGACCCCAACUGGUGGGGAUUCUGCCCAUAUCAGGUUAGCUGGUGGUUAUCACAAAACUGAUGUUGAGGUGGUUCAUGGUAAUGGAAAUAAUGUUCCUAUGGCUGCUAGUUUCAUCCCAACACCCUACCAGGAGCAGCUGGUGGCGCAGCUUCUGCAGUCUCACUUUGCCUCUGAUCUGUGCUUAGUGGGACCCCGAGGCUGUGGGAAGACAGCUACUGUGUCCAGGUUGGCUGGUUUACUGCGAUACCAUGUAGAGCCCAUUGCUCUGUAUCAGGACAUGACCUCACGUGAUCUCAUUCAGCAAAGGACAACACUUCCUAAUGGUGACACAGUGUGGCAGAAUUCCCCUUUGGUAACAGCAGCCUUGGAAGGGAAGUUGGCCAUUCUAGAUGGAAUUCACAGGAUUCAUCCCAGUACUCUGGCUAUUGUUCACAGGUUGGUGCAUGAUAGAGAAUUGACACUCCAUGGUGGGCAGAGACUGGUGCGACAUGAUCGGUAUGAUGAAUACAAGAAGAGGUAUGGACUAACAGAUAGAGAUCUUCAGGAAUCUGGUGUCUUGCGGAUACAUCCUGCAUUCCGCAUUGUCGGUCUUGCUGAGCCUCCUGCUGUUGGUUCACAAGGUCGAAAUCAGUGGCUGUCGAGUGAGUUAUUAAGUUUGUUUCUGUUUCACGAAAUGCGACCCCUCUCAUUGGAGGAAGAACUACAGAUCAUAUCACAUCUGUAUGGCACACAACAGGCAAGGUUAAUGUCUGGCAUUGUAGACUUUGCACAUAAACUACGCAGUUCCACAGACCCAACAUUACGGUCAUUAGCAAACUCAUUGUCAACACGACAGCUUCUGAGGAUAGCACGCCGUCUGUCGCAAUACCCCAUGGACAGUCAACGAGAGAGUAUUCAUCGUGCAUGCUUGUCUAGGUUUUUGCCUCCUUUGGCUAGGCAGAUAUUGGACACAGCACUAACAGAAAAUGGAUUCCCAAUUGAACAAGCUGAAAUGGAAGAAUCAGCUAUUAAAUGUGAUGUGGAUGAAAAUGUGGUGCAGAUUGGUCAAACUGUCGCACCUCGAUACAAGACAGCAGCAAAGACGAAGAUUCCAGACAUAACAUUCUUCAACAUCCCUCAGCAUCUAUCAGUACUAGAAUGGAUGCUACAAGAUUUCAUGCUGGGUGAACACCUUCUCCUUGUUGGCAAUCAAGGUGUUGGGAAGAACAAGUUGGCUGAUAGGUUGCUCCAGCUGCUGGGCAGACCGAGAGAAUACAUUCAGUUGCACAGGGACACAACAGUACAAACAUUGACCCUGCAACCAACAGUGAGAGAUGGUGUCGUGAUAUAUGAAGACUCUCCAUUAGUACAAGCUGUGAAGAGUGGUCAUGUAUUGGUUGUAGAUGAAGCAGACAAGGCUCCCACGCAUGUCACUUGCAUUCUGAAGACACUAGUAGAAUCUGGUGAAAUGAUUUUAUCAGAUGGCCGCCGUAUUGUGCCACAUGGUGAUCCAAGAGUACAGUCUGCUGGUGGCUCGGUCAUCGCUCUGCACCCAGACUUCAGGAUGAUUGUACUGGCUAAUCGCCCAGGGUUUCCCUUCCUAGGAAAUGAUUUCUUCGGAGCCUUAGGUGACUUAUUCAGUUGUCACGCAGUGGACAAUCCGAGCCCCCAGUCAGAAAGGGCUCUUCUGAAGCAGUAUGGUCCAGAUGUCCCAGAUGCUGUCAUUAAUCGUCUGGUAAAGGCAUUUGGGGAACUGCGCUCCAUGGCAGACCAAGGCCUAGUGCAGUAUCCUUACUCUACGAGAGAAGUUGUCAACAUUGUGAAGCAUCUGCAGGUUUUCCCACACGAGGGCUUGGUAAGUGUAGUUCGCAACGUCUUCGACUUUGACAGCUACAGUCCAGAGGCACAGGAGACUGUCAUACAGAUACUACAGAAGCAUGGAAUUCCCAUGGGUGCCAGCCCAUCAGACAUCCGUCUAGCAAGAGAAUUCCCAAUGUCAGCACCUCAACUUACUGGGGAGUGGAGGUUAUUGUCUUCUGUUGGUCGACAAGUAUCUGUUGAGGAGCAUUUUGUGAAGACUGGACGUCCGAGCCGAGUGGCCACUCGCACAUAUCCCUUGGAUGUUGUGCAGGCACGUGGUGCAGUUUUCACAGAGUUGCAGUCAUACUGGGCUUUACCUUUGGAGGAAACUAGCAUUGUAGCAGGGCUCACAGUUACCAAAGAUUCUGGAGACAACUUGAUGCAUGACCAUAUUCAUGCUCUGCUGUCGAAUCCACUGAGGCUGAUGACAAUGCAGCCAACAGGCAGCACAAUCAGUGAAGUACCCUUGCAAGGUACCAUCACACCAGUGAGGGGUGCAAGACCACAGUAUACACUUGCUCCCGUGUGCACCACAGGCAACUAUGUCCUUGUGCAUGAGCAGUCAUCAAAUGGCUUAGUGCUGGUAGACUGGUCUGCGGGUGAGAUCCACAAAGUGACACUUUCCGGCAGCCCAGAUGACCGAGGUGGUGCUGGAGGCUUCUUUGGUCUUGCAUCUUCGAGUGUGGGCAAUUGGAAGAUGCUCCCAGCUCUGCUUCAUGACAUGCACACUGCUGUGUUCUAUGAGGAAGGAGGAGAAAGAGCAGAGGUUGUGAAUUUUCAGACGUUCAUGAGAUACAACAUCACAUUUCCUAUGAAUGUCAUUUCUAUACAUAUACCUUCACCUAACCAUUGGCUUAUAGAAUGUGAAGACAGGAGAUACGUGCUAACAUCAUCUUCACCUUCAGACCCCUGCCCAAGCCUGCUGUCAGAAAUUCAAGAAACAGGCUCUGCAAAUGUAUACACUGCAGCAUGUGGUUAUAAGACAGUGCCAUCAAAUAUACUAUCCCAAGCACUGGGUCAAUCACUAUCUGUACCAUCACGUUUGCUUGCACAGUCUGGCUCAGCAGUCACACUUGCUGUUGGAUUUCCAGAUCUUUCUCAGCAGGAACUGUACACAUGGCAGUCGAGCAACAGCAGAUCCACACGCAGUCUGGGACAUCCUUUAAUAUUCUCUGAGCACGGACAGGUAAUUAGGAACAUUCCUGCAUCACAAGCUCCAGAAGAUCUGGCAGAUCCUAAAAAAUCUGUGCCUGGUGCAACGGGCUUUCUCGAGGUGACCGACAUUGUGAGCAGAAAGCAGAGAUACAUUCCUAUUCCACAGGCAGUAACAGUCUCUCCUUUGAUGGCAUGGCUGUAUGCAUCCAAUGAAUUGCCAGUAUAUAUUGCUGCAACCAGUGAAAGUGGAGUUGCUACACUUGAUGCAGGAGGCUGUAUUCGCCUUUGGGAAACAUCACUAGUUAGCCUGGCAAAAUCUUCAGCAGCAUGGAAAGAGAUGAUAGGACCAGGUAGGGAACACCUACAGAUGACACUAGACCGACCUAGUAAUAAGGAUGUCACUGCACCAAAGCAUGGCAAAGUUGAUGAAACUGGGGCUCCUCAUGUGGGUGGUAACACUUGGGCUGGAGGCACUGGUGGGCGUGAUACAGCUGGCCUGGGUGGUAAAGGAGGACCCUAUCGGCUAGAUGCUGGCCAUAAUGUGCAUCAGGUUAGCCAAGAAGAGAAAGAUGCAGUACCAGAAGAAGUAAAGAAGGCUGCCAGAGAAAUGGCCCAGAAGGCAUUCAAACAGCGGCUAAAAGAGAUUCAGAUGAGUGAUUAUGAUGCAAAACUCUAUGGACAAUUCUCAGAGGCAAUAGCCCCACAGGUUCGGAGGCUUAGAGUCAUCCUAAGUAGUCUGCAAGCAAAAUCCAAGGAACGACAAUGGCUGCGCCACCAAACAGCUGGAGAACUUGAUGAUAGCAAACUCAUAGAAGGUCUUACUGGUGAAAAGACAAUAUUCAGGAGACGAGCAGAGAAGGAACCAGAAUUAGGAACACCUCAGUUGAAACCCAAAAGACUCAAGUUUGUUGUUGAUGUCUCAGGAAGCAUGUACAGGUUCAAUGGUUAUGAUGGCCGUUUAGACAGAGAGAUGGAGGCAGCUGUAAUGGUGAUGGAGGCAUUUGAGGGUCAUGAGUCCCAAAUACAGUACGACAUUGUUGGUCACUCAGGUGAAGAUGCAGAGAUUAUGUUUGUCAACCACAAAUCCCCACCAACAGAUAACAAGAAGAGAUUGGAUGUCGUCAAGACAAUGCAUGCACAUGCACAGUUCUGUAUGUCGGGAGACAAUACAUUAGAAGCAACAAAGCAAGCUAUUGACUCACUAGCAGAAGAGGACUGUGAUGAGGCAAUAGUUGUUUUGUUGUCAGAUGCGAACUUAGAACGCUAUGGCAUACCACCACAGAGGUUUGCUGCUGCCCUCACAUCAAAUGCUGAUGUCAAUGCAUAUGCCAUCUUCAUAGGCUCUCUUGGUGACCAGGCUGAAAGGUUAGUGAAGCAGUUACCUUCAGGGAGAGCAUUUGUCUGUCUUGAUCUGAAGAACAUACCCCAAAUCCUGCAACAGAUAUUUGCUUCUUCUUUACUAAGUGGCAGAUGAUAAAAAGCCUUACAAUGUUAUUUUGAAUUAAACAGAACCAUAUUUGUAAAUCUAUGUAAAAAUAAUAUGCAUCCAAACUUUCAUGAUACAUGUAAGUGAUAUAUUGCUCUGCAAGUCCUGACACACUGAAAGCUGUAAUUAAUAUUGUCACAUAGUUCCUUGUUACACUGACUUACUCUUAUAGUGUACAGGCUUAUAACUUUUGUAAAAUUGUUCAUAAUAAAUUCACAUACUUAUUA